CCCGUAACCGCCGGUGCACGCCUAGGACGGGCAGGGGCGGGCGUGUCCUGUCCGGAGGCGGCCCUGGCUGCUGCGGUGCCCCCGGCCUCGCGGCUGCAUGGCCCGCGACUGGUUCCCGCUGCAGCCUGCGAGACACCGGGCCUGCCCGCACCGGCCCGGGUCCGCCCCGGCUCCUCGCCCCACCGCCUCGCCGCCUGCGCCCCGGGGACCGGCGAAGGCGGGCAUGGCCCCGCCGGGUGCGCCGUCCGGCCGCGCCAGGCGACUACAGUAAUGAGUUGGUGGCCUAGCAACCUUCAAAGUUGCCAAAACAAACAGGAUUUGGUGAUGGAGGCUUUGUUGGAAGGAAUGCAAAAUCGGGGGCAUGGUGGGGGAUUUUUGACAUCCUGUGAAGCAGAACUACAGGAGCUCAUGAAACAGAUUGACAUAAUGGUGGCUCAUAAAAAAUCCGAAUGGGAAGGGCAGACACAUGCUCUAGAAUCUUGCUUGGACAACCGUGAACGAGAACUUAAGACUCUCAGGAGUCAGUUGGAUGUGAAACAGCAAGAGGUUGGAAUGUUGCAUCACCAGGUAGAAGAACAUGAGAAAGUCAAGCAAGAGAUGGCCAUGGAGUAUAAGCAGGAGUUAAAGAAACUACAUGAAGAAUUAGGCAGAUUGAAGAGAAGCUAUGAGAAGCUGCAGAAAAAGCAAAUGAGGGAAUUCCGAGGAAAUACCAAAAAUCACAGGGAGGACCAGUCUGAAAUUGAGAGGUUAACUGGAAAAAUAGAGGAAUUUCGUCAGAAGUCACUGGACUGGGAGAAGCAACGCUUGAUUUAUCAGCAACAGGUAUCUUCUCUAGAGGCACAAAGGAAGGCUCUGUCUGAACAAUCAGAGAUAAUUCAGGCUCAGCUUGCCAAUCGGAAACAGAAAUUAGAAUCUGUGGAACUUUCUACUCAGUCAGAAAUUCAGCACCUGAGCAGUAAGCUGGAGCGGGCCAAUGACACUAUCUGUGCCAAUGAGUUGGAAAUAGAGCGCCUCACCAUGAGGGUUAACGACCUGGCUGGAACCAAUAUGGCUGUUCUGCAGGAACAGCGGCAAAAAGAGGAAAAAUUGAGGGAAUCAGAAAAACUAUUAGAGGCUCUGCAGGAAGAAAAGAAAGAAUUGAAGGCAGCUCUUCAGGCUCAAGAAAAUUUAAUUUGUAAGGCAAGAAUGGAGAAGCUACAAGAAAAAUUAAAGGCAACUAACACUCAACACCCAGUAGAAGCCAUAAGACCACUGGAGGAGUCCCAGGCAGACAGGAAUUACACCCCUCAGGGGCAGGGGGACUUAGACAAUGUCCUCUCCCAACUGGAUUUUACCCACACUAGUGAAGAACUUCUACAGGCAGAGGUGACUCGUCUUGAAGGCAGUUUAGAAUCUGUGAGUGCAACAUGUAAACAGCUGAGCCAAGAACUAAUGGAAAAAUAUGAAGAAUUGAAGAAGAUGGAAGGAUAUAACAAUCAGUACAGGGCAGAGAUUAAGAUGUUGAAAGAACAGAUUUUACAGGCAGAACAAAGUUACAGCUCUGCACUAGAAGGGAUGAAGGUGGAAAUCUCUCAGCUAACUCGGGAGUUGCAUCAGCGAGAUAUCACUAUUGCUUCUGCCAAAGGCUCUUCCUCAGACAUGGAAAAGCGACUUAAAGCAGAGAUGCAAAAAGCAGAAGAAAAAGCAGUAGAGCAUAAGGAGAUUUUGAAUGAGCUGGAGUCACUCAGGUUAGAAAAUCGUCGUCUUUCUGAAAUGGUGAUGAAAUUGGAAUUGGGUGUACAUGAGGCAAAAGAGAUUUCACUAGCAGACCUCCAGGAGAAUUAUAUUGAGGCAUUAAAUAAAUUAGUGUCUGAAAAUCAACAACUGCAGAAAGAUUUGAUGAAUACCAAAUCUCAGCUGGAGAUUUCUACUCAGAUGUGCCAAAAAAAAAAUGACAGGAUGGUUAAAGCAACACACAGCAGAGCAACUGAGUUCAGGAAUACAGAGUUCAAGCCAACCCAUGGCCAGUACAGACAUGAUGGAGUAAAGACUGAGCACUACACAACAGGUCUUCAUUCUCCAAGAGGACAAGCAUCGGAUAGUGUAGAGCCUGUGCUCAGGGUCCUCAGCCCCCUGAGUCCUCAGAUCAGCCCUUGCAGCUCCACUAUCUCCUUAACUUCUUACUUUCUGUGUAAAACACUCUCUUUGGCUUCAGUGCCAGAUACAAAUGAAGCCAGUUUUUCUGACACUAUGUCUGAGAGUGUGAAUGACCAAGAAGAGCUUCUGUCUUCGAGUUCCAUGCCUGUAUCUCCCCUUGGUUCAAUAGCUACCAGAUUUUUGGAAGAGGAGGAACUGAGGUCUCAUCAUAUUCUAGAGCGCCUGGAUGCCCACAUUGAAGAACUAAAAAGAGAGAGUGAAAAGACAGUGAGACAAUUCACAGCCCUAAAGUAGCCUCUCUAAAAAAAUCACAAACUUGGAAAUAAAAAUAAACACCAAAGAGUUACUGUCAUAUGCAGUAGCAGCUCUGUAAAAACAUGAACAUAUAAAACUUUAAAGAUGAUACGUACUAAAGCAGUGGUGAAGAAAUCUGAAAAAUAGAUACUUCUCUUAGACAUUUUCACUGCUCUGAUUUGUCUGAAGGACUGCUUCCAGCAGUAACUUGUGAGAAUAAACCACUUUGCUAGCC